UUACUGAAACAAACGCCAUUAACGUGCUGCUAAACGAUGUCGCUUUGCAUUGACUACAGUGACUGCAAGCCGAGAUUUCACGCCCAUCUAACGGAAAAGUUUGUGCCGCUUUGAUUGAACAGCGCGGCCAUGUCGGCGCGAAGCCAUGGGCGAUGGUUUCAUCCCAACCUUUCCGGUCUGGAAGCUGAACAGAUCCUGCUGGACCAAGGAUGCGAUGGGAGCUUCCUGGCGCGCCCCAGCAAGUCCAAGAAAGGAGACUUCACAUUGUCCGUCAGGAGGAAUGGUGUGGUGACGCAUAUCAAGAUUCGCAACACGGGCGACUACUAUGACCUGUACGGGGGUGAGAACUUUGCCACUUUGGCUGAAUUGGUUCAGUACUACAUGGAGAACCAAGACCAACUCAAGGAGCGCAAUGGGGAGAUCAUUGAACUCAAGUACCCGCUCAUCUGUGCUGAUCCCACCACUGAGAGAUGGUUUCAUGGCCCACUCGUGGCCAAAGAAGCAGAAAGGCUCCUUCUGGAGAAAGGCAAGAAUGGCAGCUUUUUGGUUCGGGAAAGUCGAAGCAAGCCAGGUGACUACGUGCUCUCUGUUCGGACUGAAGACAAGGUGACUCACUUCAUUGUUCGCUGCCAGGAAGGAAAAUUUGAUGCCUGUGGUGGCGAGAAGUUUGACAGCCUGAGUGAACUGGUGGACUUCUAUCGUAAGAACCCAAUGGUAGAGACUACGGGUACGGUGGUGCACCUCAAGCAGCCUUUCAAUGCCACCCGCAUCAAGGCGUCCACCAUUGAAAACCGCGUCAAGCAGCUCUCCAAGGAGAAUGGUCAGAACAGCGGGAAGGCAGGCUUCUGGGAGGAGUUUGAGCAUUUGCAGCAACAAGAGUGCAAGAACCUCUAUAGUCGGAAAGAUGGACAGAGGCCUGAGAACCGGGCCAAGAACCGCUACAAGAACAUACUGCCAUUUGACGCGACACGAGUGCACCUGCAAGAUGUGGAUCCUGAUGCCCCAUGUUCAGACUAUAUCAAUGCAAACUACAUCAAGGUAGACGACGAUACAAUUUUUGAUGGCCAUAGCAAAGUGUACAUAGCAACACAAGGCUGCCUGCAGAACACUAUAAGUGACUUCUGGUCCAUGGUCUGGCAAGGAAAUACAAGGGUGAUUGUAAUGACUACCAAGGAAGUUGAAAGGGGAAAGCCCAAAUGUGUGCGGUACUGGCCAGAUGAAGGCCAGACGAAAGAGUAUGGAAAAUACUGCUUGCAGCACAUUGCUGAGUCAUCCAAUGCAGACUACACUUUGAGAGAGUUUGCCAUGUCAAGAAAUGGUGAGGAUGCACAUCACUCCCAGUGUGAGACGAGGAGUGUCUUCCACUACCACUUCACGGCCUGGCCUGACCACGGAGUGCCAUCUGAUCCUGGCUGUGUCCUCAACUUUCUGCACGAUGUGAACCAGCGGCAAGAAUCCAUGCCUGAUGCCGGACCUAUUGUGGUGCACUGCAGUGCUGGGAUUGGCCGUACUGGCACAUUCAUCGUCAUUGACAUGAUUGUCGACCUCAUCAAGAAGCAAGGGCUGAGCUGCGAGAUUGACAUACAGCGGACAAUUCAGAUGGUGCGCAUGCAGAGGUCUGGCAUGGUACAGACUGAGGCCCAAUACAAGUUUGUUUACUUGGCUGUGGAACACUACAUUGAGACAUUGCAGCAGCGAAUGCAGGCUGAACAGAAGAGCAUCAUGUUGGGCCGAGAGUACACCAACAUCAAGUACUCUGGGGAGCUGCCAGCCACUGCAGUGGAGAGUGCUCAUGGUCGGGGGGCACCGACGACAGCAGCAGCAGUGCCUGCUCCUCUGGACAGCAGCAGCUGCAAAAAGCCUGCCGUGCUUCCCCGCUCAUUUCUCACAGACAGUGUGCCCAAGCCACCUACAGAAGUUCCCCGGCAGAUGUAUGAGAACAUUCCACUGCAAGAGAGGAAGUCGCCCGUGGGACCAGCUUGUGUGCCUCCACCAAAAAAGUCGUGACAGCAUUUAUUUCCAUAGUUCUGGCCACAAGGAGCACCAUGGAUGAUGACACUAGUGUCUGCCCUUCCAUCCAGCCGCUGCCACUUAAAGGGACACUAGAGAGAAAGACCCUUUCAAAAUACCAAGCUUUUAGAGGGUAAGCAGGGCAAUUUAAUGUCACAGACAUAGUUUCUGAUCAGUAAAAAUUGUCUUCUGCUGAAGCCAGAGACUUCACAUUUCAUUGUGCUCAAAUGCAAAAAAAGCACUUUGAUAUCCAUCAUUAUGCGAGAUUUCAGCGGGAAAUUUAAAAGUGAAACCUGCUGUAUUAUCUAUUAGUGAACCUAUGGUGGUGAAAUUACACUACAGUUUUCAAAGUAUCAUUUAUUGGUAAUUUACCAUUUCACUUUAGUGUCCCUUUGAGUCUGCAUUGUACACAAGGCCUCUUCUGCUUAAUUUGCAAACCAAUGUGAUAGUGGGACUAGGGCCUCCUUGUGUGAUGCACCUUUGUUUGUAUAAGUACAAAUCAAUAUUGAUGCUGAUUACUGUUCAACUUGUUAAUGAAAGUGGCAUCUACAUGCUGGUGCAGAAGCUUGAUGAACUUGAUUGCACUGCUUUAGGACAGCUUGCCUCCCUCACAGCUUUCGAUAGAACGGCCAGCAGCAUGCAAAUUGAUGGUGGGCUUGCAAUGCUGACGAACAUGAGUGAACUUGUUACCAUUUUUCAAACACACUUGUUGUUCCAAGGGCAUUUUGAAACACUUGAAACUAGACAAGUGAAGACCACACUUUCUUUUGUUAACUUGGGUAUCAGAACAUUCAGAAAAAGAUUUUCUUAAAAAAUCUGACAUAACGUUGCCACCCGAAAUCAGCAUUUUAUUCGCCACUAAUACACACCUGCUCGUCUGAAAGGUUCACAUGGGAAGCCAUGUCAUGAGGCGUUGCAGGCGAGUGUCACACAUGAAGCCAUGACUGGUUGCCGAUAUACAAAGUCCAGGAGAAGGGGCCAAGCAAAAAUAUUGGAAGGAGAUGGGCUGCUGCUUUCACUAUUAAAUAGCAAAAUCAACCACCAUGUUCAUGUUGAAGGAGCAACAAACCCCCCAGAGCCAUUCGGUCGACUGCUGCGUAAGUUUCUAUGUAGGCAUGUGCAGAGCUUCGUAUAGUAAUUAAAAAACAGAACUCCUGGUGCAUUCACUUCACACAACUUGAAGGCUUUCUUUCCUGCUCUUCAAAAGCUUUCUGCACCUCACGUGGUUUGACGAAGCUAUGAUGUCAUGUGAUGUAAUCACGUGGAGUUUUAAUGACGCCAUUAUUUUGGAGAUCUGUGAUAUCAACACGGGACGCCAAAGCCGAUGGUGUGUUUAAUUAAACAUCUCACUAGAUGCAAUAAGGUUACAGAGUGCGCCCGAAGAGAAACCCAUCUGUGUCGAAAUUAAAAGAUCAGUGCAGUUUUUACUUAAUCCAAGAUUAACUCAUUGAAUUGAGUUGAGUUUUAUGAUAGCUUCACUGAUCCAAGUCAGUAACAACAUUGCACCCUAUGGCUACCUGUUGGAGAAUGGAAAUUUGUUUGUUACAUUGGUAAAUUCCAAAAACUUGUUUUGGUAGAUUGAGUUUUAACUGUAUUGCAUACUGAAAUCUGCAUUAGUAGUAAAGCAGCUGCGGUUUUCAAUACUCUUAGGUGUAGAUAAUAAAACUAUGGAAGGGCUGCUCCAAUUGCUUCAAACUGCUCCAAAAGAAAAUCGCUGCUCUAAACAGCAUUUUUUUAGUAAUCGCUUCAGAAUGACACUUUGGGGAGGAGGAUGACCAACUGUUUAACCAACUCACAAGUUCUAAAGAAACUGAAACGAACCAGUGUGCUACUAGUGUGCGCCAUUGUCGGGUCUAAUCUCAUUUAUGUGAAAAGCAAAUGACUCAUUUGGCUGUUUUUUCUCAGCUAGAUAUGCAGGUUAAUAUGGUAAAAUUAGCAGUACUGGCUCUUGUCUCAUACCAAUUAUCUAUUUGGCAACAGUUACAUAGUGCUGUGGUUACUUCUAAAACGUGGCACUCAGCUUUUCCGGUUUGAUUUGAUUUCUUCAACAAAUACUAGUAUUUUGAAUUAUAGCUCAUUUCACAGCACAUUUUUGACAACCUGUCAUUGUUUAGUACAUGAAAUUCACAUUGAUUGUUGUCUGUUAAAUAUAUUUAGUCAGAAAUAAUGAUAUUUACGAAAUGCUUAGACAAUGCACUGAACUCCGAUUAAUUUAUGGUAAAUGUAAUAUCUGCUUCAAAACUAAGAAGACACUUCCAUCACUGCAUAUGUCUUACUAAAGUUAAUUGUAAUAAGCGAAAACAUGCAAGAUAUUGGCCCAAACACGCUGCGUGGGCUACAGCUUGAGCAGGUGCCAAGAUUUGUUGCCAUAGUAUAAGAAUUCUCCUAGCAAGCUCAGUAUCACAAAGUUACCCUGAAAUCAUGGAAUAAUUCAGUGCCUCCUCUAUUUUUUCUUUGCCUGUUGCUUCAUGCCAGUUUCCAUUGCUCCGUGCCUGGCGGUCUGUUUCUCCAAGUCACCACGUGGUGGCAUCAGGUUAUUACCCUCUCGCACAGUCUCUCUUUGCCUGACUCCUAUGUGAAAAUGACGCGCAGCCAAUUCUGAUUUUAUGCAAUAUAUCGUUGACUCGCAUUUGGUAAUUCCUAAUUUCCCUGUUUGUUUAUGAUAGCAUAUCACAAAUAAGAGCGUCUUAAAGGUGUCUCACCGUUUUAACGUAAUCGGAGCUCGAAGGAGAAUGCCAUGCUAACGACGCGAUCAAUGCCGAUCAAAAUAUUGAAGGUUGAAGUAGUAAAACAAAACAGAGCAAUUUUAUAUAUACAAGAGGAAAAUGUAAGAAA